UUGCCGGCAAACGGUCGCAUAUUAGGUCUCAGUGCAGCAGACUUUCUAGAAGUAUGAUGUUCGAAGCCUUCGGAACUUUCCUGAAUAUCUCUAUGCCAUUCAUAACAUACAUCGACCUCUGUGCGAGUACCCCGCGCAGCCGUUGGUGUGGAGGCGGGCGUGUAAACAGUGAAUGAGUUGGUCGAGGCAAGCCGAGUGGAAGAUGGCGGAAGCAUACCAGAUGCUGGAGGAGCUCGGCAGUGGCUCCUUCGGUAUCGUCUACAAAGCCCUUGACAGGGCCACCGGCGAGCAUGUUGCCAUCAAGCACAUUGACCUCGAAGGAAGCGACGAUGACAUUCGCGAGAUACAACAAGAGAUAAGCUUGCUGGCUACCUGCAACAGCGAGUACGUCACACGCUACAAGACAUCCUUCGUGCGUGGCGUGAAGCUAUGGAUCGUGAUGGAGUAUCUUGGUGGAGGGAGUUGCUUGGACCUUCUGAAGCCAGGUCCGAUCGCAGAAGGAUAUAUUGCCAUCAUCAUGCGCGAGCUCCUGCGCGGUCUAGACUACUUGCAUAGCACCGGCAAGAUUCACAGAGACAUCAAGGCGGCCAACAUCCUACUUUCGGAGACCGGACAGGUCAAGAUCGCAGACUUUGGGGUGGCGGCGCAAUUGACGAACAUCAAGUCCCAACGCAUGACGUUCGUAGGCACGCCAUUCUGGAUGGCGCCCGAGGUGAUACAAGAGGCUGGCUACGAUUAUCACGCAGAUGUCUGGUCGCUAGGGAUUACAGCUAUGGAGAUGGCACUCGGCGAGCCUCCGCGAAGCGAUGUGCAUCCGAUGAAGGUGCUGUUCCUCAUACCGAAAGAGAAGCCGCCGCGGCUGGAAGGUACUCAGUGGAGUAGGGAGUUCAAAGACUUCGUAACAUUGUGUCUCAACAAGGAUCCGGAGAAAAGGCCUUCAGCGAAAGCGUUGCUGAAGCACGCCUUCAUCCGCAGAGCUGGAAAAAUAGAGUUGCUACAGGACCUUGUGCGAAAAUGCAAGAAGUACGAGCGAGGGGGCACUGAGCGGGAGCGCGAUCCCCGCUACUACGAGGAGACGCUGAAAGAGAUGAGCAGCAGUGUUGAAGGCGAUGAAUGGGUGUUCGACACGGUGAGACCGUCCAGCAACACGCGCGGGCUGCAGUCGGCGAAGCAAACUGUGAAGCGCAGAAAGCUCGAGCGCAUACCGUCGGGCGACGGUUCGGAUGUAGAGCAUGCGACUGCAGCUAUGGAAGGCAUGAGGCUCGAUGCUGCACCGCUGGGCGACAUUACCAACUCGGCGUAUGGGACGCCGACGAAGGAUCUGUCGACCAUUCGAACCCCGAAGCCUAGACUCAGCAGUCAGCGAAAGGUAUCAGCCCUAGCUCUCCGUAAGGUAUCAGGGUCGUCGCCCACAGCGCGACGUGUGAGCCGAAAGGUUUCGGGCAACAAUCCUAACGUACGCAAGAUUAGCGUGCAGCAGCCGAAGCAGCCACUCGGCCUUGACAUGUCCUACGGCAACAGCACCUCAACAGUGCGGCAGUUCAAGCGAGUCUCGUCUGGGGACGGCAAGCUCCCGUCACCCACUCAGCCCUUGAUCUCGCCACAGGACAGCGUUUUCGACAGCGAUGCAGAGAACAAGCCUCCUCCGCCGCCGCCGCCGAUGGCACAGGAACGGCCUUCGCAACCCGCCGUGGCUACUACGAAAGAGGCGAUUCUAGGACGUAGAUGCUUCGCUAAGUGCAUCGACCCUGCAUUCCAGGAAAGCUACGCUGCCACAGGCGAUCGUGCAAAGCGGGACGCACUGUCCAAGGUGGCAGAGGCGUGGUCCUUACUCGACGAGCAUGAUCCGGAAGGCGAGCUGAUACUGUUAAGAGCCAUCAUGGACCGCGUGCAGGCUGAUCCUAAACUGGCAAGUGCACUACUUCCGCAGCGCGUAGCUAACGCACAGCUGGCUUCUCUCCGGAUGCAGUCGCCGGUGAAGAGGAGCAUGACCGCAACCGAGACUGAGGUGGGCAGCCGGGACGUGACACCGCAGUCUUCACCCACGAAGGCACGAAAGAGCGCACAACUACCCUCAGCGCCAUCGUCUCCCACGAAGCCUAGUGGCAGCCCGGCGAGGCUCGUCUUGAACCCGCAGAACCCACACCUCAAGAAGAUGCGGUCUAACCAGCAGCUCAAUGCUGAGAAGGAAAAGGAGCGAGCCGAGAAGGCUGCGUUGGAGGACAAGAUGCCUGGGAAGGUGGAGCCGGGCAUGGAGCAUGUUGGUAUGCUUGCGGAUGUACUGUACGGACGGUGGGCAGAAGGCUUGAAGGCGCGAUGGCCGGUGGCGUAGUGAGUCCGCGUUCUUGCUCCACCAGACAACCUUGGGACCUAGGUGCUGUGCAUAGCGGCGAAGUGGGAUCUGUCCCCUGACGGUUCACUUUUUGUAUUAUAUAUCAUGGAGUUGCGGCGGGACUGCAUAUGGUGGGCAUGGGGGGUCACAGAAGGUAUUCUGAGGCGGCCAAAACUCACGUGGGAAAUGCGCGCAUGGAUAGAGGACCAUAUCGACAAGACGUGUACGGCCGAUACCAAAAGCUCCCCUCUCCACCGCUCGGAGUACGAUCCCCUCGUUUGCAGGAAGUGACUACAGACUGUUAGUCAGCUGCUCAAAAGGUACAACAGGCUUCAUGCGUGAAUCCGGUCUGCGGAGUCAGACUUUGCCUUUCUUCCU